AUGACUGAAAAAAGAAAAGAUAAAGGGAUUUUUCCCAUAACUCCAAUUUCAAAAUUAAAAGCUAGACCAUUCCCCCAGACAGCAGCUUGUUUGAUCAUUGGUGAUGAAAUUCUUAAUGGGAAAACUUUUUGUUUCAAUCUUGGAAUUGAUGUUAAAAGAAUUGAAAUUAUUCCUGAUGAAGAAGAGGCAGUAAAACGUCUUAGCAGUAAAUUUGAUUUUGUUGUUACUAGUGGUGGAAUAGGUUCCACACAUGAUGAUAUUACUUAUCCAUCAAUAGCUCGUGCUUAUAAUCUUUCAUUAAAAUAUCAUCAACCAACACUUGAUAGAAUAGAAAAUAGAGAAUUUAUUAAAAAAUAUUAUAAAAGUGAGGUUAUUAUGUCAGAAGCUACUAAAGAAGCUUAUAAACGUAUGGCUUUAUUUCCUCAUCCAUCAUUGGUUGUUUUUCCCAAUGAAAGAAUGUGGAUACCGAUAGUUAUCGUCAAUGAAAACAUUCAUAUAUUACCAGGAAUUCCUAAAUUCUUUAGAGGUUUAUUAUCUGAAUAUGGAAAAUAUCUUCAAAGUGGAAGUAAUGGUAGAGAAGGAGAAGGAGAAGGAGUAAUAAGUGAAAGGGGAAACAAAUUUUAUAGAAGAUUUGUGAAAACUUAUCAUCCUGAAUCAUAUAUUUCAUUUAUAUUGGCGGAAACUCAAAAAGAAGUAAAAGAUUUAGGAAUAAAAAUUGGUAGUUAUCCAAAAUGGACUGAAAAUGAAAAACAUGUAAUAGUAAGUUUUUUAUCAAGAGAAGUUAAUAGUAAAUUAGUAGAUAAGAUAGCAAAAGCAGUAGCAGAAAAAAUUGACGGAAUAUUAAUUGAGUCUAAUAAACUAUAA